GAGCGGUCCUCGAAACCGCGCAUGCUCAGCUGAGUCACACGUCCAAAGCAGUUAAUGCACGGAUAUACCUCUCAUUUACUUCCAUCCAUAGCACGGUUACGGGUCUCUAAGCAGCCUGACACAGGAGAGAGAGGAGAGAGAGGAGAGAGAGAGCGGCUGGAGGCAGUUUAAGGGAGGGGGGCAGCAGCAGUAGUCGAUGCUGGUGACGCAGGAAAAACACCCAACAGCAGACAAUAAACCAAUGAUCUGAUCUCAACACAGGCGUGUUAUUUAUAAUCGGGACAGCCAGGCACAUGCACGCGGCUGAGUAAUUAUAAAACAGCACUUAAAUGAUCCGAUCUGGGGUCGUAUGGAGGAAAGAUCCAGUUUGAUUCGCGGUUAUGCAAUGGUCUCUGCAACAUACCCAGUCCCCCAGGUGGUGCUUUCACUUUCAGAAGUGUGCCGGUUCUCCGUCACUCCUAAGGAGAAACUGAUUUCUUCUGCUGUGCCAGCGACAUAAGCAGACAAGAUUGCAAAGAUCUGCCCCGUGUCGAGUAUGACGGCCACGACCCGUGGCUCCCCUGUGGGAGGGAAUGACGGUCAGGGCCAGGCUCCGGAUGGCCAGUCCCAGCCACCCCUGCCCCAGAACCAGACAUCCUCUCCCAACUCAUCCAACGAAAACUCCCCAGUGAGCCUACCAGAUGACCAGGGUCAGGGGGACUGUACCACACCCCUGGAGGAGGAAGAGCCAGCUUUCCCCCACACAGAACUGGCCAAGCUGGAUGACAUGAUCAACAGACCACGCUGGGUCGUUCCAGUUUUACCAAAGGGUGAAUUAGAAGUUCUUCUUGAAGCUGCUAUAGAUCUUUGUAAAAAAGGACUUGAUGUUAAGUGUGAAGCAUGCCAGAGGUUUUUCAGAGAUGGCUUGACAAUAUCCUUUACGAAAAUACUGACAGAUGAGGCUGUUAGUGGAUGGAAAUUUGAGAUCCAUCGGUGCAUCAUUAAUAACGCCCACCGACUGGUGGAGCUGUGUGUGACCAAGCUCUCUCAGGACUGGUUCCCUCUGCUAGAACUCUUGGCAAUGGCCACCAACCCCCACUGUAAGUUCCACAUCUACAAUGGUACUCGGCCCUCUGAGACGAUGCCUGCUGGGGUUCAGCUAGCUGAGGAUGAGCUUUUUGCCCGUCCACCUGACCCUCGCUCUCCUAAGGGCUGGUUGGUGGACUUAAUAAACAAAUUUGGCACGUUAAACGGGUUUCAAAUUCUGCACGAUCGAUUCAUGAGCAGCCAAGCUCUGAAUGUUCAGAUCAUCGCUGCACUCAUUAAGCCUUUUGGACAGUGCUAUGAGUUUCUCACUUUGCAAACGGUGAAGAAGUACUUCCUUCCCAUCAUAGAAAUGGUUCCCCAGUUUCUAGAAAACCUCACCGAUGAGGAAUUGAAAAAGGAAGCAAAGAAUGAAGCCAAAAACGAUGCCCUGUCUAUGAUAAUCAAAUCUUUGAAGAACCUGGCUUCUCGAGUACCAGGACAAGAAGAAACAGUGAAGAAUUUAGAGAUAUUUAGGUUAAAAAUGAUUCUUAGGUUAUUGCAGAUUUCUUCUUUUAAUGGCAAAAUGAAUGCACUAAAUGAAGUAAACAAGGUGAUUUCAAGUGUUUCCUACUACACGCAUCGUCAUGGCAAUGCUGAAGAGGAAGAGUGGCUGACGGCAGAACGCAUGGCAGAAUGGAUUCAGCAGAACAAUAUUUUGUCUAUUGUGCUGCGAGACAGCCUUCAUCAGCCACAGUAUGUGGAGAAACUGGAGAAGAUCCUGCGAUUUGUCAUCAAAGAAAAGGCCCUAACGCUUCAGGACCUGGACAACAUCUGGGCAGCUCAGGCUGGGAAACAUGAGGCUAUUGUCAAGAAUGUUCAUGAUCUCCUUGCAAAGCUGGCGUGGGAUUUCUCACCUGAACAGCUGGACCAUCUCUUUGACUGCUUCAAGGAGAGCUGGACAAAUGCAAGUAAAAAGCAGAGAGAGAAGUUACUGGAAUUGAUUCGUCGACUGGCAGAGGAUGACAAGGAUGGUGUGAUGGCUCACAAAGUGCUCAAUCUGCUGUGGAAUUUGGCCCAUAGUGAUGAUGUUCCUGUGGAUAUCAUGGACCAGGCCCUUAGUGCUCAUAUCAAAAUUUUGGACUAUAGCUGCUCCCAGGACAGGGACACACAAAAGAUGCAGUGGAUAGACAGAUUCAUAGAAGAAUUAAGAACUAAUGACAAAUGGGUGAUUCCUGCACUGAAGCAAAUACGGGAGAUCUGUAGCCUCUUUGGAGAAGCCCCCCAGAAUUUAAGUCAAACGCAGCGGAGCCCACAUGUCUUCUAUCGACAUGACCUAAUCAACCAACUGCAGCACAACCAUGCACUGGUCACUCUUGUAGCAGAGAACCUGUCUGCAUACAUGGAGAAUAUGAGGCAGUUCUCAAAAGAGCAUACAGGCUUUGAUCCCCAGACGGUUAGGCCAGGAAGUCGGUAUAGUCAUGUUCAGGAGGUCCAGGAGCGGCUUAAUUUCUUGAGGUUCUUACUGAAAGAUGGGCAACUCUGGCUGUGCGCACCUCAGGCUAAGCAGAUCUGGAAGUGCCUGGCGGAGAAUGCAGUGUUCUUGUGUGAUCGGGAGGCCUGCUUCAAAUGGUACUCCAAACUCAUGGGCGACGAACCCGACCUUGACCCUGACAUCAACAAGGACUUUUUUGAGAACAACGUACUGCAGCUUGACCCCUCACUGCUGACAGAGAAUGGGAUGAAAUGCUUUGAACGAUUCUUCAAGGCUGUCAACUGCAGGGAGGGCAAACUGGUGGCAAAACGCCGGGCAUACAUGAUGGAUGACUUGGAGCUGAUAGGGCUGGAUUACCUGUGGAGGGUUGUGAUUCAAGGAAGUGAUGAUAUUGCUAGCCGAGCAAUUGACUUGCUUAAAGAGAUUUAUACAAACCUCGGACCAAAACUACAAGCUAAUCAGGUAGAGAUCCAUGAGGAUUUUAUUCAGUCUUGCUUUGAUCGGCUCAAAGCCUCUUACGACACUCUGUGUGUGCUGGACGGAGAUAAAGACAGCAUUAACUGUGCCAGACAGGAGGCCAUCCGCAUGGUAAGAGUGCUGACUGUGCUCAGGGAGUAUAUAACCGAGUGUGACGGUGACUACCAUGAGGAGAGGACCAUCCUGCCCAUGUCCAGGGCUUUCCGAGGAAAGCAUAUCACGCUAGUUGUGCGUUUCCCAAACCAAGGCCGACAAGUUGAUGAUCUGGAAAUUUGGUCACAUACCAACGACACGAUUGGUUCUGUACGACGUUGCAUUCUGAACCGAAUAAAGGCCAACAGCACGCACACCAAGAUUGAGCUGUUUAUCGGGGGAGAGAUCAUAGACCCAGCAGAUGACAGGAAGCUAAUCGGGCAGCUAAACCUCAAAGAUAAAACUCUCAUCACAGCCAAGCUCACCCAGGUCAGCGCCAAUAUGCCUUCCAGUCCAGACAGCUCCUCAGACUCCUCCACUGGCUCCCCUGGGAACCAUGGCAAUCACUACAGUGAUGGGCCAAACCCUGAAGUGGAGAGCUGUCUACCUGGCGUGAUAAUGUCCCUGCACCUGCGCUACAUCUCUUUCCUCUGGCAAGUUGCAGACUUGGGCUGUAAUCUCAACAUGCCUCUCCUGCGGGAUGGAGCUCGUGUUCUAAUGAAGCUCAUGCCUCCAGAUAACACCACAGUGGAAAACCUGCGAGCCGUCUGUCUGGAUCACGCCAAACUCGGUGAAAACAGCCUUAGCCCCACAUUGGAUUCACGUUUCUUUGGACCAUCACCAUCUCAAGUGCUUUACUUGAUAGAGGUGGUAUACGCCUUGCUCAUGCCCGCCAGUGGGACGUUGGGUGAGGAUGCAAGUGACUUCCAGUACAACUUCUUGAAGAGUGGUGGCCUGCCCCUGGUUUUGAGCAUGCUCACCAGAAAUAACUUCCUGCCAAAUGCUGACAUGGAGACCCGGCGGGGAGCUUAUCUCAACGCACUAAAAAUAGCCAAACUGCUGCUCACAGCUGUAGGCUUUGGCCAUGUGAAGGCUGUGGCGGAGGCCUGCCAGCCUGUGGCGGAGGGGACUAUCCCUGUGUCGCCUAUCAACCAGACCACACAUGACCAGGCUCUAGUGCUACAGAACGCCUUGCAGAAUAUCCCAAACCCCUCAGCCGAGUGCAUGCUGCGGAACGUGGCCAUCCGCCUCGCCCAACAGAUCUCGGAUGAGAACUUUUUCCAGGCCUCCAAGUACAUCCCAGAUAUCUGUGUCAUUCGAGCAGUUCAGAAGAUUGUCUGGGCUUCUGGCUGCGGCUCGGUUCAGCACGUCUUCAGUUCUAAUGAGGAGAUCAGCAAGAUCUAUGAGAAGACCAAUGCUGGCAAUGAGCCGGAUGAGUUAAUGGAUGACUUCCUGUUCCCAGCAUCUAAUGUGUACUUGCAAUACAUGAAGAGUGGAGAAUUCCCCACUGAGCAGGCCAUACCUGUGUGUAGCACCCCAGCCACCAUCAAUGCCGGCUUUGAACUGCUGGUUGCACUUGCUGUCGGAUGUGUGCGAAAUCUCAAGCAGAUUGUGGACACACUAACUGAUAUGUACUAUUUAGGUUGUGAACCACUUACAGAAUGGGAAUAUUUACCGCCAGUUGGCCCAAGGCCCACCAAGGGGUUUGUGGGUCUGAAAAAUGCAGGUGCGACUUGCUACAUGAACUCAGUGAUCCAGCAGCUCUACAUGAUUCCUCCCAUCAGGAAUGGCAUCCUGGCCAUUGAAGGCACGGGCAGCGAGGUGGAUGAUGAUAUGUCUGGAGACGAGAAGCAAGAUAAUGAGAGUAAUGUGGAUCCCCGGGAUGAAGUAUUUGGAUAUCAGCACCAGUUUGAAGACAAACCUUCUCUCAGUAAGUCGGAAGACAGGAAGGAAUACAACAUUGGGGUUCUUCGGCAGUUGCAGGUCAUUUUUGGACACUUGGCUGCCUCCAGGUUGCAAUACUACGUGCCUAGGGGAUUCUGGAAGCAAUUUCGGUUGUGGGGUGAACCAGUAAAUCUGAGGGAGCAGCAUGAUGCCCUGGAGUUCUUUAACUCGCUGGUAGACAGUUUAGAUGAGGCUUUGAAAGCAUUGGGUCACCCUGCCAUGCUGAGCAAAGUGCUGGGUGGCUCUUUUGCUGACCAGAAAAUAUGUCAGGGCUGUCCUCACAGAUAUGAAUGUGAGGAAUCGUUUACGACGUUGAAUGUAGAUAUCAGAAACCAUCAAAAUCUCCUCGAUUCUAUGGAGCAGUACGUGAAAGGAGACUUGCUUGAGGGUGCAAAUGCCUACCACUGUGAAAAAUGCAACAAGAAGGUGGACACAGUGAAGCGUUUACUCAUUAAGAAGCUCCCUCCGGUGCUGGCCAUCCAGCUGAAACGCUUCGAUUAUGACUGGGAACGAGAGUGUGCCAUCAAGUUCAAUGAUUACUUUGAGUUCCCACGGGAGUUAGACAUGGAGCCCUAUACAGUAGCUGGAGUAGCCAAGCUGGAGGGGUCUGAUGUGCACCCAGAGAACCAGCAGCAGGUGGUCCAGCAGAAUGAGCUGUCAGAGCCGGAACCCCCCUGCAGCUCUCGUUAUCGUUUGGUGGGAGUGCUGGUCCACUCAGGCCAGGCUAGUGGAGGUCAUUAUUACUCCUACAUCAUUCAGAGGAACGGCGGCGGUGGUGGUGAGGGAGAAAGGAACCGUUGGUAUAAGUUUGAUGAUGGAGAUGUCACUGAGUGCAAGAUGGACGAUGACGAGGAGAUGAAGAACCAGUGCUUUGGUGGAGAGUACAUGGGUGAGGUCUUUGACCACAUGAUGAAACGCAUGUCCUACAGGCGACAGAAGCGCUGGUGGAAUGCCUACAUCCUCUUUUAUGAGCGUAUGGACACGUUAGACAAGGACAGCGAGCUGGUUAAAUAUAUCACUGAGCUUACAGUGACCAGCAAACCUCACCAGGUGAAGAUGCCCUCUGCUAUCGAACGUGGCGUGCGCAAACAAAAUGUGCAGUUUAUGCACAACCGUAUGCAGUACAGCUUGGAGUACUUCCAGUUCAUCAGGAAACUGCUGACCUGUAACGGUGUCUACUUGAACUCACCUCCAGGUCAAGACCAUCUUUUGCCUGAAGCAGAAGAAAUGGCUAUGAUUAGUAUACAGCUCGCUGCUAGGUUUCUCUUCAGUACUGGAUUCCACACCAAGAAAAUUGUCCGUGGCCCUGCUAGUGAUUGGUAUGAUGCUCUGUGCAUCUUGCUACGGCACAGUAAAAAUGUGCGUUACUGGUUUGCACACAACGUCCUCUUUGCAUAUCCGAACCGCUUCUCCGAGUACCUGCUUGAGUGUCCCAGUGCCGAGGUUCGAGGAGCCUUCUCCAAACUCAUUGUAUUCAUUGCACAUUUCUCCCUGCAAGAUGGACCCUGCCCUUCACCCAUUGCUUCACCUGGACCUUCAAGUCAGAGCUGUGAUAAUUUGAGUUUAAGUGAGCACUUGUUCCGUGCCGUACUUAAUCUGUUGAGAAGGGAAGUGUCUGAGCACGGCCGUCACCUGCAGCAGUACUUCAACCUUUUUGUCAUGUAUGCCAACCUUGGCUUGGCAGAGAAGACGCAGCUGUUGAAGCUCGGGGUACCAGCUACCUUCAUGCUUGUGGCUCUGGAUGAGGGGUCCGGCCCUCCCAUUAAGUACCAGUAUGCUGAGCUCGGAAAGCUCUAUACUGUCGUCUCGCAGCUGGUUCGCUGCUGUGAUGUGACAUCACGUAUGCAGUCCUCAAUCAAUGGAAACCCUCCCCUGCCAAACCCAUAUGGUGACCCCAACAUCACCGCUCCCAUCAUGCCUCUGCAGCAGCUGGUGGUGGACAUCCUGUUUGUGCGCACCAGUUAUGUGAAGAAGAUUAUCGAGGACUGCAGUAACUCAGAGGACACUAUCAAACUGCUGAGAUUCUGCUGUUGGGAAAACCCUCAGUUUUCCUCCACUGUGCUGAGUGAACUACUGUGGCAGGUGGCAUAUUCAUACACGUAUGAGUUAAGGCCUUACCUGGACUUGCUCCUUCAAAUCUUGUUUAUUGAGGAUUCAUGGCAGACUCACAGGAUCCACAAUGUGCUGAAGGGAAUCCCUGAUGACCGUGAUGGGCUUUUUGACACCAUUCAGCGUUCCAAAAAUCACUACCAAAAGAGAGCUUAUCAGUGUAUCAAAUGCAUGGUGGCUCUUUUCAGCAACUGUUCAGUGGCCUACCAAAUUCUCCAGAGUAAUGGAGAUUUAAAAAGGAAGUGGACCUGGGCAGUGGAGUGGCUUGGUGACGAGCUGGAACGGAGACCAUACACUGGCAAUACCCAGUACACGUAUAACAACUGGUCCCCUCCUGUCCAGAGCAAUGAGACUUCUAAUGGAUACUUCCUGGAGCGCUCCCACAGUGCCCGUAUGACUUUAGCCAAGGCCUGUGAGUUGUGUCCAGAAGAGUGUCACUUAACGAAGCACGAGGUGGCAUCUGAAGAGGACGCUGGCCGGAACCCGUCCUCGACACAGCAACUUUUGCCAGGGGAAGUGACAGGCCAACAACAGCACACCGAGCCUGAUGAGCAGGAGGCCCUUGAUGAGCAGGACACUUCUCCUCCAGAGGACACUGCUCUGUACCCUCACUCUACAGGCACAAAGUUUCAACAGCAGAAUAACCUCCCGCAUACGCAGCCGUACACUGGCCCCGCUGCACGGCAUGUCAACAACCCUCAGCAUCCAGGCCCACGAGCACAAGAGAACUGGGAGUCCCCUGAGGAGGCGCCGCCCAGCCAGACUAAAGACUAACAAUAUGUUGUCACACUGUCCUCCAUCUGAGUUCUCCAGCGAGAUACUCGAAUCCAGAGCAAGGCCAGGCCCCACCAUGCUGCUCUACUCCAGAGCCUGUGUAACCAGAACAUUCAGCUUCCCUCAAUUUCUAACCCUGGAGUGGAGAGUCUCUUCACUGUCUGCUCUGCAGUAUUAACUGUCAAAAGUGUAACUUGCAGUGGACUGUGCAUAUUGUUUGUAAUAAUAAAAUGGGCCUGUCGCACUUGUCAUGACAGAGGUGUACAUACUACGUUAAUGUUUUGACUGUUCAAAAGCAACAGCGUGUGUGAUGCUGUUGGGAGACUGCAGAUUUAUGAAAAUAGAAAAACAACAAAAAAAAGAA